CUCCUCCCCGCGGCCUCGGCGACCUCCGAGAGGAAGUGCUUUCGGGCUGGCGGCAGUGUUGGGCGGCUGAAUGCUCCCAAAGGGAGAGCGUCUGAGUGUAGAAGCGCUCUCAACUCCAGGUGGAAUGUCAGAAGACUCCCAAGAGUAUUUCCUUCCUUGUAUUGCUGGUCCAUAGCCAGAUAAUCCUUGUUUACCCUUAUAGUUCAAAAGCUCCAACUCUCUUUGAUCAAGUCCCAAGGAGAUAAAUUUUCAUAUUCUCAAAGAAAAGGCACAGAGUUGUAGCCAGUGAUAAUUACCUUCAUGGAGACCAAGAGCCAUAACAACCUUCAGGAGAGACCUACACCCUCCAGCAAUAGGAGGACAUCAGUGGAUGGCAAUCAGUUGAUCCAAGCUAUUAAAAAAGAAGACAUUAAGCUGAUUCAGCAGUUGCUUGAAGAAGGGGCUGAUGUCAACUUCCAGGAAAACGAAUGGGGCUGGUCACCUUUGCAUAAUGCGGUACAAAUUUGUCAGGAGGACAUCGUGGAUCUUCUGCUUCGUUAUGGUGCUGACCCUUUUCUGAAGAAGAAGAAUGAGGCUACUCCCUUCAUCGUCGCUGGGAUUGUGGGAAAUGUGAAGCUGCUCAAGCUUUUCCUUUCUAAAGGAGCAGAUGUCAAUGAGUGUGAUGCUAAUGGCUUCACAGCUUUCAUGGAAGCCGCUGUGAAAGAUAGGGUUGAAGCCUUAAGAUUCCUGUAUGAGAAUGGGGCGAAUGUGAAUUUGAGUCGAAGGACAAAGGAGGAUCAAAAGAGGCUUAAAAAAGGAGGGGCCACAGCUCUAAUGGAUGCUGCCGAACAUGGACAUGUAGAGGUCGUGAAGAUCCUCCUUGAUGAGAUGGGAGCAGAUGUCAACGUCUGUGACAAUAUGGGCAGAAAUGCUUUGAUUCAUGUGUUUAGGAGCUCUGAUGAUAGAAACAUGGAGGGCAUCAUUCGCCUUCUGCUGGACCAUGGGGCUGAUGUCAAUGUGAGGGGAGAGAAAGGGAAGACACCCCUGAUCCUGGCAGUGGAAAAGAAACACUUGGGUUUGGUGCAGAUGCUUCUGGAACAAGAACAUAUAGAGGUUGAUGACACAGACAGUGAGGGCAACACGGCUCUUUUGUUGGCUGUCCAGUACAGACAAGAGGAAAUUGUUAAACUGUUAUGCAACAAAGGAGCCAACAUGGACUGUGGGGAGCUGGUUAUGAUAGCAAGGCGCAAUUAUGACAACUCCCUUGCAAGGCUGCUUCUCUCUUAUGGGGCCAGAGAAGAUUGGUGCCGUCCUGCUGAAGACUGGAAGCCUCAGAGUGCCCGCUGGGGGGAGGCCUUGGAACAUCUCCGUAGAAUAUACCGCCCUAUGAUUGGCAGACUCAAGAUCUUUAUUGAUGAUGAAUAUAAAAUUGCUGACACAUCCGAAGGGGGCAUCUAUCUGGGGUUCUAUGAAGGGCAAGAAGUAGCUGUGAAACGAUUCUAUGAAGGCAGCGCACAUGGACAACAGGAAGUCUCCUGUCUGCAGAGUAGCCGAACAAACAGUGACUUGGUGACAUUCUAUGGGAGUGAGAGCUACAGGGACUGUCUGUAUGUGUGCCUUGCCCUCUGUGAGCAGACACUGGAAGAGUACUUGGCCAACCACAGAAGGGAGGUGGUGGAAAAUGAAGAAGACAGCUUUGCCCGAAACGUCCUCUCAUCUGUAUUUAAGGCUGUUGAAGAACUACAUGUGCGAUGUGGAUACACUCACCAGGAUCUGCAGCCACGAAACAUCUUACUAGAUUCCAAGAAUGCUGUUUGCCUGGCAGAUUUUGAUAAAAGCAUCAAGUGGACUGGAGAGACACAAGAAAUCAGGAAAGAUCUAGAGGCCCUUGGACUUCUGGUUCUAUAUGUGGUGAAGAAGGGAGAGGUCCCUUUUGUGACACUGAAGACACAAAGUCAUGAAAAAAUAAUUCAGCUUUCUCCAGAUGAGGAAACUCGGGACCUCAUUUAUCAUCUGUUUAACCCUGGAGACAAUGUGCUGGAGCACCUAAGUGGCCUGCUGGGUCAUCCCUUCUUUUGGAGUUGGGAGAACCGCUAUAGGACCCUUAGGGAUGUUGGAAAUGAAUCCGACAUUAAACAGCGAUUGCGUAAUAGCAGGAUUGUCCAACUACUGCAACUUGAAAAUUCGGAAUGUUCCAGAACUUUUGCCCAGUGGACUUCUAAGAUUGACAAGUAUGUUAUGACUGUAAUGAAUAAGUUUUAUGAAAAAAAAAGGAAUUUCUAUGAGGAUACUCCGAGUGAUCUGUUAAAGUUCAUCCGGAAUUUGGGAGAACAUAUUAAUGAAGAUAAAAAUAAGGAGAUGAGGUUGAUAAUUGGAGAACCUUCCCGGUAUUUGCAGAUGAAAUUUCCUGAUCUGGUCAUCUAUGUCUAUAAGAAACUACAGAACACGGAAUACAGAAAGCAUUUCCCCAAAAUUCACAAUCCAAACAAGGAUUGAUGUAAUGGAGGUCAGCCCUGAGUGGUGGCUGAGGCUUUAGAUUUCAGGGAGACUUUUUAGCUGUGUGAUCUUGAGCAAUUCACAAGUCUCUGGGCCUAUUAACUAAUCUGGUUGCUUGCAAGGAUAAGUUAGAGAGCAGAUGUGUCAGGUCCUGACACAGUACCCAGUAUUCCCCACAUGUUGAUAGCAAAAAAAAGCAUAUGCCCAAACUACCCCUGCCACUAAGUUCUUACAGGUAGAACUUAGUGGCAGGAGCUGGGGUAAGGGGCAUCCUGCUAAGACACCUCUUGUCAGGUGCACCAAAGGAUGCCUAGGCCUCUAGUUCUUGUAUGUUUUACAUUGAUUAUCUUAUUUAAUUCUCCCAAUGACCUUGCAAGCUAGGAUUUAUUAUCUCCAUUUAAGAACUGGCAGAUCUCAUGUGCCUGAAGUGCCUGGCUGGCUCAGCUGGUGGAGCAUAGGACUUUUAGUUUCGGGGUUGUGAGUUUGAGCCCCAUGUUGGGUGUGGAGAUUACUUAAAAAUAAAAUCUUCAUUUUUUUUUAAAGAUUUUAUUUAUUCAUGAGAGACACAGAGGCAGAGACAGAGGGAAAAGCAGGCUCUGUGUAGGGAGCCCGAUGUGGGUCUCGAUCCUGGGACCAUGGGAUCAUGCCCUGAGCCAAAGGCAGAUGCUCAACCACUGAGCCACCCAGGCAUCCCAAAAAUAAAUUCUUUAAAAAGAGAGAGAGAGAGAGAGAGAGAGAGAGAGAGAGAGAAAGAACUGACAGACCUGAGACUCAGAGAAUUUGACUUACUUGCUUAAGAUCAUACAACUUUUACAGAGCACUGUAUAAAUGUGUGUGGUGUUAUUAUUAUCUCUGGUUUGGGCACCUAGUGACUUGGGCACUGCCUAGCAAAAUGUCUGCCACAUGAUGAUGUUCAAUAAAUAUUUGCUGAUAAAUAUUCAUUUAGAAUUGAUAGACUUGAGACUCAGAGAGUUUGAACUACUUGCUCAAGAUCAUACAACUUGCACAGAGCACUGUAUAAAUGCAUGUCGUGCUAUUGUUAUUAAGCUAGAACUUAGUUACUAGCCUAGGGGACUUCUGGAUGGAUCCCAAAAGGAAUAUGUCAAAAGGACUCUGGGAAGUUCAUUCAUUCAUUGACUCCACUUAUUCAUUCAUUCAGUAUUUGUGGAGCACCUAGAAUGAGCCUAGGCACUAAUUGUAUGAAUUCCAUUCCUUCUAGAAUCUAUACUGGUUUUCCAUGACAUUAUGGCAGUAGUUCUCAGCUGGAGACAGUUUUGCCUGUUAGGGGCCAUUUGGUCUGGGGAUGUUUUUGGUUUCAAAUCUGGAGAUAAGGGGGUAUUAUUGGCAUCUGGUAGAUGGAGGUCAGGGAUGAUGCCAAACAUUCUAUGAUGCAUGGGAUAGCCCCCCCCAAACAUAGAAUUAUCUAGCCUAAAAUAUCAGUGGUACCAAGGCUGAGAAGCUCUGCCUUAAGUGAUUGGGACACUUCUGAGCUGACUUGGGGCCCACGACCAUGGAUUACGUGGACCCCCUCACAGAGGAGUAACUUGGAUUUGUUUUCUUGCUUUUGAAUUUCUAGUGAGACAAUUCCAGUGUCAUCUCCCCAGGAAGUCCCCCCAAAUGCCCUCACUCUCCACUGGCUCCAGAGAGAGCCAGUCCGAGUGCUCUCUCUCUGGCUCCCUAGCACCAUAGUCACAUCAGAGCAUGCCUCUCUCCAACUUAGCAUGCUUCUUCUCCACUGGAAUGUAAGAUCUUAAGGGCCUAUCUAUUUAUAUAUACAUAUCUAUAUCUACAUAUAUAUAUAAUGAUAUAUAUCUAUAUAGCAAAUGUCGGCCUAGCAAAAUAUCAGCCAUAUAAAUAUUCACGGAAAAAUGAAUGAACCAUCUUCAUACGUGAAUAAUAAUACUACCAUACAUUAUAAUGGUGCUUUAUAAUCUAUAAGUUACAUCUACAUAUUUUCUCUUAGUUUUCAAAACAAUCAUGUAAGGUAAGUGUUGUUAUCCUUAUUUUACAGAUGAGGAUAGAGACAUGUUGAUUUACUCUAAUACAUAGCUAGGCAGUAUCACUGUCUUGAUUUGCACAUAUUUUCUGGCAUUAAGUCUGAUGUAUUUUCCACUUAUCCUCAUUAUGGUGGUCAAGGUGGAACUUUGUAAUGGGCAGAUCUGGGGGAAAAAAGCAGUAUCUUAGGUUCUUUCUAAAGAGAUGGUAGUCUGAACUAGGUGUCACUAAAUGAAUUGAAGUCAAGAAGUGUUGGAAGUUACACUAAACAAAAUUGACACUGUUAUCUUCCACUCUCACCCAUGAUUGCAUGGAUCAUUUUCUCUUUGUUUAAAACAAAAACAAAAAACAAAGUACUGGAAGAAAGAAACUUAAGGCUGUUCUAUAAGGUUUUAGGAGCAGGAAUAUUGCUUUAGAUUUUAAAAUUAAAUUUUGGUUUUCUGAUUUGUAGUAAUCACCUGGAUAUGUCAAUCAAAAUGCCCAUUUGUAAAGCAUAUUCAAUA